GUGCAGGUCUGGAGUUCCAGUAGGUCGUGGCUGUGCCUGCGUCCGUCGUGCCGUUAGCGCGAAGUGGUCCAAGGUUUUCGAGUGCGCGUUACGAAGCCGUGAUUGUCCAAGCCGGAUCUGCACUUCGCCGCAGCAUGUCUGAUGCGCGGGAGCACGCCGCUUCGGAGACGCCGACACGAAACAGAUUCAAGAUGCAGGCGAGGUGGUCCCGAUCCAGCCUUGGUGCUGCCAAUCGCCCAUUCAGCUCACCGAUGAAGGCUACGCCUGUAAGCAGUGAAAGUGUCGAGGACUUGCGCAAGAAGCUGGCUGACCUCCGCCACAAGAGUCGCUUCCUGGAUGAGCAGAUUGAACAGCUCAAGGCAGAAGGCUGCACCGUAGAAGAGCUUCCUUGGCACAUGGAGCAACUGCAUACUUACAACCAGAUUAAGGACAUUGCUCAUCACGUCAUUGGCAGCCUGGCGGUUAUUGAAGGAGUCACCAUAAAGGACAAGCAGGAACACUACGGUCUGCCCACAACCGAACCCAGCAGCGUGCCACCGCACACUUGACUAUCCUGUGUGGCGCUCCCCCCCCUCCCUUCCUUUUUUUUUUGUGUAUGUGAGGGGGCGGGCUAACCCAUGCAGCAGAAGUCUGGUGGGUUCCACAGUGCAUUGAUGUUUUUUCUUUACAUUUUUCCCCUCUUUUCUUGCAUCACUCCCCCCCCCCCCCCUUUUAUUCAUUCUAAAACGUUUCAUUGGAAAAGCCUACAAGUUAUAUAUGCUGGUACCGUUGUGGAUUCAUCUUUAUAUGGCCUCUCUCUAAGUGGGAGGGCACUUUUGAAGCGAGGUCAGCUGCAACACCUAUGUACAAUUGUCUAUUGAAUAAACGUGUGUGCUUGUGUGCA